UCUUUCUCACUCCUCUCCUUUUGGAUGACUGUGUCCUUCAAAAAGUCCAAAAAAGCAGGGGAAGAAUCCUGCGGUCUUUCCCUUACGUAUUGCCGCCACGUCCUUCUUCUAAUCGCUUUUCCCGCAUUUGUUUUGAGGGCUGGUUUUUCCUUUUCCGAGAUUGGACUCUCCGCUCGUUUAGUCUUUCGUUUUCGCACCUGAUUCGGCAGCACCAACGUCGCCAAAUCAUUUAAAUUAACCGAAGUUGGUAUCAGAUUUGUAGAAGGUGCCUUGAGGAGCUCGGUAUCUGCUUGUUUGUUCUCUUUGUGCGUUUUUUCUUCGGAUUUUGAUCCUUUUGGUCUAGUUUCCCUUUUGUUGAGAUCACCACCCAAUUUGGAAGCAGUGAAACUCUGCAAUUCUUCCGAAUCCGCUUCAUUGCUGAGAAUUCGCUCGCCUUGGGUGUUAGAGCUCAUAUUCGAGCGGCCGUUCUUGCCAGCUCCUGCGGGCUUCUUUUAAUUUUCUGACAUGGAAGAGGUUAAUGCAGUUGUGGAGGCCAAGGACGGUACCAUCUCUGUAGCCUCAUCUUUCUCUGGCCAUCAUGAAGCUGUUCAGGAUAGGGAUCAUGUCUUCCUGUCGCUUGCUGUCGAAGAAGCAUACCGUGGUGUUGAUUGUGGAGACGGAGGGCCAUUUGGUGCAGUCGUUGUUCGAAACAAUGAAGUUCUUGUAAGCUGUCACAAUAUGGUUUUGAAGAACACCGAUCCAACUGCACAUGCAGAGGUCACUGCUAUUAGAGAGGCAUGUAAGAAGGUAGGGCAGAUUGAGCUGUCAGAGUGUGAAAUUUAUGCAUCUUGUGAGCCAUGCCCUAUGUGCUUUGGGGCAAUUCACCUCUCACGCAUUAAGAGGUUGGUCUAUGGAGCUAAAGCAGAAGCUGCAAUAGCAAUUGGAUUUGAUGACUUCAUAGCAGAUGCAUUGAGGGGCACUGGUUUCUACCAGAAAGCGAAUCUGGAGAUCAAGAGGGCCGAUGGAAAUGGUGCGAUAAUUGCUGAGCAAGUGUUUGAGAAAACCAAGGAAAAAUUCCAAAUGUACUGAUUUAUGCUUUCUAGGACAUGCUUCAUUUAUGACUUCUCAAGAAGAUUCCUGCUGUAUUUAGUAUUCAGAAUAUUGCCUCUGAUAUUGCUCAAUCAAUUUCUCAUUUGCCUA